AUCAUGCUUCCGACAAUUUACCCGCAUAACAUCGCUCUUGCUGCAGUUCCAUUUUUAACCGGUGUCUAUGCGGCCAGCGGGUCCCUCGACGGUGAGGCUAUGAAUUCUGGAGGGUCGGACGAGUCCGCUGUGGCUUCCGUGGCUGUGGAAACUGCCACAACUGCCGCUGUCGAGACCGAAUGGCAGGCCGGGUCUACUGCCACCUCAACCGCUGCCGGGGACCAACUUGCAUCUGCCACGACGUCCGAGUAUGCCCCCGCCACCAGCUCUGCCUGCGGUGGCGCAUACGCGCAGUGCGGCGGCCUGGGAUACUCCGGAAACACCUGCUGCCAAGCAGGGUAUCAAUGUGUGACAGCCAACAGCUACUGGGCUCGGUGUGUUGCCGCAUCGACGCUCGCCUCGUCAGCCGUUAGUGGCUCUGCCAGUGGCUCUACCAGUGCCUCCACCAGCGGCACAACAUACACCACCACGUACACCACGCACUUCUCCUCCACAGUCGAAAAAAGCGGCUCCUCGUACGUCACCGAGGGCAGCUCCGUGGUGACGUCCGUUGUCAAGAGCCGUUCUGUGGCAACUGUGUCCGAGAGCAACGGAUGUGCUCCUCUCAGAAUGUAUGAGGGCUCUUGGAAAAGCAAGGCCCUGAUUGGUGGGCUUUUGGGAAUGACUCUGUUGAUGGGAAUAAAUUAGGGGGAAAAAGGGAAACAAAAUAAAUAAGGAAAGAAAUAGAACC